AUGGAGGCUAAGAAAGCAUGCACCGCUCUGCGUGACCUGAAGCAAGGGAGUCGGUCAGUGCAUGAGUACUCCAAUGAGUUCAAGAUGCAUGUGGCCAAGAUCCAAGGGUGGCCUGAGCCAGUGUUUGUGCAGCAGUAUCGACUGGGGCUGAGCCACCAGAUCCAAGAAGCCGUGCUGCGGAACGUGAACCCAGUCUCUCUGGUGGCCUGGAUUUCUGGUACCCUGUCAUCAUUGUUUGGCCUACAGAUUGAUUCAUCUGAUGUCUACUAUUAUGAAUACAGCUCUGAAUAUACUACACUCAAACCCACUAACACCAGACGUGGUGUGUUUGCCAGAGAUCCUGACUGGUUCCUUGAAUACUUCAGCUACAAUGUAAAUCCAUGCCAAGCCAAACCAUGUCAGAAUAAUGGGAUUUGUGAAAGGAAUAGAAACAGCUAUACAUGCCAUUGUGUCAAACCAUAUACAGGAUCCAAGUGUGAGCAUGUGAAAAACACAUGUCAAAGAAGCAGCUGCAAUAGGGGAGACUGUCUUAUAAGCCUAAUACCACCUUAUUAUCGAUGCAGUUGCAGACAUCCCUAUCAACUUCCAUUCUGUGACAGAGCGCAAUCUGUUUGCAAACCAAACCCUUGCAAAAAUGGAGGCACCUGUGUGAAACACCGAGUAAGAUCAAAGUUCACAUGCAACUGUCCCGAGCCAUUCAGAGGAAAGUAUUGUAAGAUAGGACCAGAAGACUGUUUUACAACAAAUGGCCACACAUACAGAGGAAAUGUUAGUCAAACAGUGCUGAAGAAGACCUGCCUUCACUGGACAUCUCACCUUCUCUUGGAGAGCAGCUACAAUGCAUUUAUGGAACAUGCUGACUAUUAUGGACUUGGUGACCAUAACUUCUGCAGGAAUCCAGAUGGUGAUGAAAAGCCCUGGUGCUUUGUCAAUGUGGAUAACAAGGUGAAAUGGGAUUUCUGUGAUGUCUCCCCCUGCUCAGCAACAGGUAGACUGGAUAAUAAUGUAGAACAUAUUAAUUCAACCAACUUUAUCAUGCAUCCUAGAAUGGGUAACAGGCUCAGUACCUGUGGACAACCAGAGACAAUAAGAUCACUCAAGAGGAUCUAUGGUGGAACCAAGACCAUUCCUGGCAAGCAUCCAUGGCAAGCCUCUCUUCAGAGGAAGUUUUCAGUGGGUUCUUCCAUGCCCAAAGGACACUACUGUGGAGGAGUACUGAUUGAACCAUGCUGGGUUCUUACAGCUGCACACUGUAUUGUAAGGACAAACAUACAUAAUCUCCAAGUGACCCUUGGGGAACAAGAUCUCACUAGGAGGGAGCAAUAUGAGCAGAAGUUUGAUGUAGAAAAAAUAAUUAAACACGGACACUAUCGAGAAAGGGAUGAGAUCCCAUACAAUGAUAUUGCUCUGCUGAAAUUGAAGGCAGUUGAUGGCAAUUGUGCAGUGGAAACAAAAUAUGUCAAACCAGUCUGUUUGCCUGAUUCUGUAUUUCCUGAUGACACAGAAUGCUAUAUCUCAGGUUGGGGACUUACUGAAACAGGUGAGGAAUCUCAUCAGCUGUUAGAUGCCAGAGUGAAGCUGAUUUCCCAGACGCAGUGUAAUGCGCCAAGCGCAUAUAAGAACAGACUGGAUGAAAGCAUGCUUUGUGCAGGAAAUCUUCAGAGAACAAGAGCUGAUACUUGUCAGGGCGAUUCAGGUGGUCCUUUAACCUGUGUUAAAAACGGCUCUUAUUAUAUCUAUGGAAUUGUGAGCUGGGGAGACCAAUGUGGAUUAAAAAAUAAACCAGGAGUUUAUACCCGUGUGACAAGAUUUCUCAAUUGGAUUAGAACAAAAAUUCAACAAGAGUCUAUUUCUCACAAUUAA